AAGCCACUCCCCUUGUGAGCUGAUUCCAGUCAUCACAGCAAUAAUGAAGUGCACACGACGCUGCCUGCCUGCCAGUGUGACAUACUGUCACCGUACUAGAGGACACGCAUACUUGCACACAUUCAGGCACACACACACGCAGUCACUCACUGACAGGACACAAAGCCUGCCCCCUCACACAUGCACACACACAUUCACUCACUCACUCACUCACUCACUCAUACAUUCCUGGGAAGGAGUGGAGAAAAGAAGACCAGUAGGAGGGAAGAAUAAGAAGAAUUUUGUCUCUUAUGGUUUCCUCCUGUGAUUGACCGGUGCUGGUUGUGGGUGCUGAACAGAGACAACAACCCCGACACUCAAACACACACACCUCUCCCCCGCAGCCACGGAUUCUUGGAUUAGUCCGCCCCGGUGUGGAGAGUGGGAGUCGCGGAGCGGACCAACAUGGGGAACCAGGCGGGGAGACAGGAGGAAACAGAGUCAGGUGCACAAGCAGCCAAGAAGUCUGGUAUCCCAGCUCCUAGAGAAAUCUCUUCUACCAUUACAAGAGACCGCAUCUCACUGAGGGACCAGCUUAGGAGCUCUACUACUAAGAGGAUGGUUUCUAGUGCCAGCACUUCCAGCCUCUCCACUCUAGCAAAGCAGACACGUAGCGUAACCAAGUCCCGCGGAGAUGCAGAGGGCCAGGAAAAGGGGGUUCUGGAGUGCCAGGUUAAAGAGCUGCUGGCUGAGGCCAAAGCCAAAGACUUAGAGAUCAGCAAUCUCAGGAUGGAGUUGCAGCGCUGCAAAGGUAAAGCCUCCACUGCUUCCUCUUUACCAUCACCCAACACUGUCUCAUGGCAAGAGCCGGCUGCAGAUGGAGAGCAGGGACAGGUGGCAGAGGCCCUUGUGCUGGUCGGGGAGCUGAGGGAGAAGAACGGCAAGUUUCAGAGAGAGCUGGCAGCUCUUAGGGAAGAGAACCAGGCACUGAAGGAAAAGCUGCUUUGCUUGGAGGCCUCUCCUCUCUCCAGUUCAAACACAAGCAGCCCCUCCAAGCCUUUGGUGAAUGGUCUGACGCAACAGGACAGUGUCCCUUCUACUGCUAGACCUCUCAAAACCUCUGUCUCUUCCAGUUCUGACGUCACCAAGGACUCGCCAUCACCGGACUCCUCAGAGUUUGAGAAGAUCCCAUCGCGUUCGGAAUCCGAGAGCAGUGGCGUCAGCGGGGAAGCCGUAGUGGUGGGGACAAGAGGGCGGGAUGUGUCAGUGCAGAGCCUGACUGAACAGAUUCACAAGAUGGAAGAGAGCCACCACAGCACAGCCGAAGAGCUGCAGGCAACUCUGCAGGAGCUGGCCGACCAGCAGCAAGUCGUGCAGGAGCUGACAGCUGAGAACGAGCGUCUGGCCGAGGAGAAGCGUCUCCUGCAGACAUCGCUUCAGCAGCAGAGAGAGCGCCUGGAGGUGCAGGCCCAGAAGAACGAGGCGCUCUCUGGGCGACUUCACGAGCAAGCCCAGGCUCAAGCCCAGAGGGAGGAGGAGCUGAGCAGCCAAGGGCCUCGGCUGGCCGAGCUGGAGCAGAGGUACGCCGAGCUGGUUGAGAGCUCGCGCUUCGAACGAGAAAAGCUGGUGGACAUCCAGCAGCAGCUGACAGGCAGCCUGCGGGCAUUGGAGGAGGAGCACCAGGAGGCCCAGGGCCAGGCGCGCUCUCUUAGGGAGGAGAUGGACAGGCUGCAGGCCCAGCUGGACAGAGAACUGCAGGCCGGAGGUCAGGCAGCACAGGCCGCAGAGGAGCAGAGGGCAACAGCAGACUCUCUGCGACUGGAAAACAGUCGGCUGAAAGCGCAGGUGGACAUUGAGAGGCAAAAGGUGGGUGAGCUGAAGGCCAUGCAGAGUGCCAGUGACAGCACUGAGAUGCAGAACCUGCUGAAAACAGCCCACUCUGAGAAAGACAGGCUGGAGGUGGAGCUGACAGAGCUGAGGCAGGAGGUGCUACAGGCCCAAGCCGAGACUGAGCAUGUGCGGUCCACAAUGUCCAAGGUGGAGGCCAAAUGCCAGCAGGUUCAGGAGCGGGCCGAGAGGAGGGAGCAGGAGCUCAGCAGCCGGGUGACUUCCCUGGAGGAGGCUGGGAGCCACGCUGAGAACCAGGUCAAAGAACUGAAAGAGACCAUCUUUGAACUGGAGGACCAGGUGGAGCAGCAGAGGGCCGUCAACUGCCACACCAACCAAGCCGUCCUGGACAUGGAGAAUCUUGUCAAAAAGCUGGAGGAGCAGAAAAUUGAAGCAGACCGACAACUGAAAGUCUUGGGUAGACAGAUGAAGGAUGAAAAAGAAGAGUGGCGUCGGUUCCAGGCAGACCUCCAGACAGCAGUGGUGGUGGCCAACGACAUCAAGGUGGAGGCUCAGCAGGAGCUGCGUACACUCAGGAGGCAGCUGCAGGAGGAGCAAGAUCGCAGUGCAAAGCUUUCCUCAGACCUUGAAGCCCUACAGGGUGUCAGGUGCCAAGGUGAGGAGGUGAGGCUGUCCGACUCCGAAAACAACCGUCACUGGUGCGGCAUCUCCAUGAUCCCGACCACACCCACCGACGCCAGCGGAGAUGCCAACUCAGAGUCCGGGGCUACUGUCAAAUCCCUCAUUAAGUCCUUUGAUACUGUUGGACAGAAUGGACCGGGCCACACAGUUCAAAUGCAUUCCUCCCCGAGAAGCCCGCUGAGUGGGAUCCCUGUACGCACUGCACCUGCUGCUGCUGUCUCCCCCAUCCAGAGACACACACACAUAAAACCCCUAUCAAAGACAUUGGAAAAAAGGAUCAACCGUGGAGAAUUCUCUCAUCACCAUGAUGAGUUGUCCGGCUGCGGGGAAGACCUGAAACCCAACAGCCUAAUGAGGAAGAGCCCUUCGCUAGAGUCUGUAAUCAAACCCCCCGCCUCCCUCAACAGCCGCCCGGCAUCCUUCAGCUACAACCGAGGCAACAGCAAGCUUAGUGUGGAAAGAACGGACCCCUUGGCUGCACUGGCGCGGGAGUAUGGAGGAUCUAAGAGAAACGCUCUACUGAAGUGGUGCCAGAAGAAAACACAAGGCUAUCCGAAUAUUGACGUGACCAACUUCAGCAGCAGUUGGAGUGACGGCUUGGCUUUCUGUGCCCUCUUGCACACAUAUCUGCCGGCCCACAUCCCUUACCAGGAACUCAUCAGUCAAGAUAAGGUCCAGAAUCUGACCCUGGCUUUCCAGGCUGCCGAGAGCAUUGGGAUCAAACCCUCUCUGGACAUCGAAGAGCUGAUGAAGACGGACAGGCCGGACUGGCAGAGCGUCAUGCAGUACCUCGCUCAGAUCUACAAGUACUUUGAGACCUGACGGGUGGGGAAGUGGAGCUGGAGACACUGCAGCACUGUCCUGUCACUGUCAGCACGGCGGUACACUCUCCCUCCAGACAGACAGACAGACAGACGCUGCCACCUGAACCCUCAGUCACCAAGCUGCUGUUUUCUCCUUUUUUUAACCGGACGCUACAUUAGGCGCUGAGGCCCAGAUUAACAAAGACUUCUGCCGAGAAACCCGUUCCUUUGUUCCUUUGCAGAAGCUUAGUGUUUCUUGAGCGUCUGAUUCACAGACGAAUGAAAGCAGAUCGCACAUUGUGGUGCAGUUUAAGCCGUGUGGCAGUUGACAGCACAACUAAGAGGAUUAAAAACUGAUUUUAUUUGAUUUUUUUGUUGUAUUAAACACUCUGUAUUGUCUUUGAAAGAAAUGACAGAAAUACAUAACUUUUGUCACAAACUGGCUGUCAGUAGAAAAUAUAUUUUUUCAUUUGCUAUUUGUCAGUGUUUGUGACUCAAACGCUCUGCUUCUGGUCAUUUUUGUGCCAAACAUGUGCUAGGACUAUCUAUGCAUGGUGAAAGUGGAACCUGUGUGAGUGGGACAUCAUGAGGAAAGCCUUGGGAAACCUAACUUUUUUUUCAUUUUGUUUGGAUCAAUCACUGCGAGUUAUAUUUUGCAGAGCAGAGUACUGGAUUAUUUUGGACUGACAGGGUUGAGUUGAACUGAAGUCUCUAUAUUUUCACUUUUAAGGUGUGUUCUUAAAGAAUAGAAAACGGAUAAACCUUAGCUGCCAUCUGUGAUGUGACACUAAAAAUGAUCUAACCCUACGAGAGUUGCUAAAUAGUUUUGUAGAAAUAUUUUUUGAAAACAGAUUGAUCUCUAUGUGUGCAUUGUCUACAGUGUUAAGGAUUUUGCUGAAUCGAACCAUGACACUGUGUCUUCCUGUGUUCCGCGUUUCCAUCAAGAGUCCCUCGACAACUAUGGUACUGCAGCUGCUUUGCAAAAUAUAUAUGUAUAUACACAGUAUAUAUAAAUAUUUGGCAUGCCAUGUUAAUUUAUGAAGGAGAGAAUGACUUUUACAUGUAUAGUUGAGGCACUUUUACUUUUACUUUCUCUGUGUUAAGAUUUAAAUAAGCCUCCAUUUUGCAGUUGCCCUCAUGUUUUGGACAAUAGAAGUGUUAUUUAUUUAUUUACAAGACUUUCUGAAAAGUGAGAAUGUGGACAGGAGUGUGUGCAGUUUUCUAUGCACGGCUGUCAGAUCUGGAGGCCUGUUGGGUGGAUAUUGCUCAAU